GAAACCGUGCGGUUAUUUCACGUCUGUCUCGUUUUUCACGCGAGUUCGAUCUCGACGAAUUAUCUCCGAUGACGCCGGAAAUGAGUAUUGUGUCGUUAAUCAUUCCGGGCCUGUGACUCGGAUAUCCAAUACGAAUGGAAGGUUCGCGCGGACUAAUAAUCGGUAAACCGAAAUAUCGGUCAGUUGAAUUGUUAACCGCGCACCGCGUGCCAUUACUAAUUGCUGCCUUUUUUUUUAUCCCCUCCUCUACCUCAUAUCGAUGACUCCUACGGCCAAUUUCCAACUAAUCGCAUUUUGAUUCUCCCUUUCCUCGUUUUCCUUUUAUCCUCUGUAUUUCAUGUUUUCUCAUUUCAUCUCCCGCCAUUUCAUAGAAGGUGAAAAGUUUUUUCGUGAGUAGACAUUCGGAGAAAAGACUCCGUCCAAGAAGAGAGGAAGUUUGAACGCGAAAAAACUAUCGGAUUUUUAUAUCAAUCGAAAAGUGAUCGUUCGCAGUGAUAACAUUGAUGUAUAGUUUUUUUCCGGCCGCGAAGUGUUUUCCAAAAACUUUACCGACGGUCGCGACAACGGACGCUUGUCUUUACUACAGACUCUCGGUGAUCACUCCUACACCUCGUAAUUAUCCAUUAUAAGCGAGACAACCUGCUGGCUUGGAUGUCAUAGUGUCUUGCCGUGCGCGCGCGCACACACGCGCGCUCACACACACAUACACACACACACAAAGUCGACGCAACUUGUAGCUGCCUUCACGCUUAAACUCUCUUUCUCUCUCUCUCUCUUUCUCCUUUGGGAAGCGUUGCGCGCUCUUCCGCAUUUUUCGUAAACUUCGUUUGUGUUUCGCAAAAACAGCCAAGAUUAGGGUCAAGAGUGAUCCAAAACCAUCCUACGUGAUGGAUUCGAGCGACGAUACUGAAUUGGAGAACACUGGCGGUGGAGUGCCGAACGGAUCUGCUUCUAAUACUAAUAACGGGGCACCAAGUGGAUCUUCCACAAGUGCAGUUACCGCGACUAAUGGGCACGAAUCUAAUGGACAUGGACAUCUUCCCUCGCCGGAAGAUCUUACUUCGUAUACUCGCGAAUCAAACGAUUACGAACUUGAAGAAUGCAACGAGUCCGAAGAUGAAGAAGAGAAUCCGCAGUCAUUUCCAACUAAUCCGGUUCUAGAUGUCAAUGCUACCAUGUCAAACUAUCUGACAAAUCCGCGUGUUCUGGAGAAACUUAGACAGCAGCAAGGCGAAGUCGCCAUGGUCGCCAACGAAAUGCUACACAGAAACGGCGUAGACUUCAUGACCGCGUUCAAUGCCAACAACGUCGGCGGCGUCAACUUAUUCCAACAAUUUUGUAUGCAGUCAACACCAGUACCGUCGCCCUUGCUCAGCAAUGUUGGUAUAAACCAACGCACGCCAUCGCCACCUCUGACGCAAAAUAUACCAAGCACGCUGGAAAAUAAUCAGAUGGCAAUAGUCCAUACAAAUAUUAGAUCGCUGACUGGACAACCAAUAUCCACUUCAAGACCGCUUAGUGUAUCGCCUCAACCAGGAUCCUCCAGAAACAACGGAGAAAUCCCAAUAACGCCGUUAAGAAAUAACGGGGAAUCCCGCGAUUCUAAUCCAUCACCUCGAACCCUCGGUCCAGUCAAUAAUCAACAUGGAGCGGUUCAAUCUAGCUCUAACUGGAGCUAUGAAGAACAAUUCAGACAGCUUUACGAGAUUGACGACAAUCCUGAACGGAAGAUUUUUCUCGACAAACUCUUCAGCUUCAUGCAUCAGCGAGGAACUCCCAUCAACCGACUACCAAUCAUGGCGAAAUCUGUUCUGGAUCUAUUUGAACUUUACAAACUGGUGAUACAACGAGGCGGGCUCGUCGAGGUAAUCAACAAGAAGCUUUGGCAGGAAAUCAUCAAGGGUCUGCGACUGCCGGCAAGCAUCACAUCCGCCGCGUUUACUCUACGAACUCAGUACAUGAAAUACUUGUAUCCGUACGAACAGACGCACGAGAGACUGUCAACCAGCGGUCAGCUUCAGCAAGCAAUUGAAACGAAUAAAAGGGAAAGUCGUCAAAAACCGAGCCCCCAAAUGAUGGGGGUCGCUUAUUCAGCUAGUAGAGACAACCAGGCUGCGUUGGGAAUGAAUACACUCUCGCUUGGCUUAACGGGACCGAUAAACCCAAGCGGAUCGCAACAGACUCGUAGUCCGCACAUCUUGAUGCCUAACGGCGGUCAACAUCCGCAGCAUUUGCCACAAAUGCCUAAUGAAAUACUUGCAGACUACGUGAUGAAAAUGAUCAACGAACAACGAAGAAAUUUGCCGCAAGAAAACCAAUCACAAACUAUAGAAUCUCUCGGGUUGGCACGGAUGAUGUGGAUGUAUCAACAACAAAACAUGUAUCCUGGAAGACCGCCCACUCCAGAGCCUUCUCCACCUACUCCAGAACCGCCCACUCCAGAACCGCAAGCUCUCGAUCUGGCAAGAUCAGAUUCGGAUCGUUCUUCCAGUAGACCUGUGAGUCCACGAGGUGAGCCGUCCACGUCAAGAAAAGAGAAUCGUGAAAGUACUGAUCAUCUGCCGACAUCAAAUUGCAAAAGAAAAUCAUUUUCUGAUGAUGAAGAACCGCUGGAGAACAGCAGAAAGAGCAAAACUAUGAAGCCUCAAACAGCUAUCAGAACUCAAACAUUCACUAUUUGCGAAUUUCGACCUGAUGCAUUAGUAGUCGAAAUAAAAUUGGAUAAUACUGUAUAUCAAGGUACCAUACCAGUAAAACAUGAUGAGAGAAAUAUAGAAAGUGAUGCCGAUGACGCCAGUGGGAGACAGCAAUGAAACGAAGACUCAUAAGUAUACUUAGAUAUCAAUUCGUACAUACGGUAUUCGAGAAAGAGAACAUUUAGCGUAGGAAUUAUUAUAGAAUUAUGUUUGUCUUAGGUAAAAACCGUGAAUGCUCUUAUUGCAAUUAUCUCUGAAUUAUUGUUAAUCAUUUUUUAACUUGUGACAAGAAGAGCUAAACGCCGCUGUUGACGCGCAAAAACACAAUUAUUGUUAAUAAACGUAACAAUAGAAAGAGAAAAGUGUUACACUGUCUGUCACAGCAGAAAGUUUAACUUGAAGUUAAAUUAUGAUAAUAUAAGAUAUGGUAGAAAAAUAUAUAUAUAGAAUCACAUCAAAAAAUAAGCAGCUUAAAUGGUUCUAUAAUAAAUCCUCGGCUAAAUUUUUGAAGACGAUAAAUGAAAAUAUUUUUCGGAGGUCAAAAAAUAUUUGACAUUUAUCAAUUUGUAAAUGUUUAUUUUAGAAAUUCUUUAUAUUGCACAUACACUAAUUUUAUUGCAGAUAGAAAUUUAUAAAUCAUCGUGAAUUCUUUCAAUUUUUUAUUGGUAUAAAAAUAACAGUUUUUUACCAAAGCAAAAAGUUUAUAGAUAAUAAUUAUUGAUUUUAAGUACAUAUCUUUGUGAUACUAGAUAUAAAUGUUACAUGUAUUAAGUAACAAUAUACUGGGUAAAGCCUAUUAUUAUUAUGCACUCAACAUUUAUGAUGUGUAACAACCCAGUGAACAACAUCACUUGAAUGUUACUACUAGUACGAGCCACACUCUAUUAGUAAGUAUCAUGUGGUACUUUUGGCGCUUGUGCUUCAUCUGUGAAUUCAAUGAAUUCACAUUUUGUCCUCACAUAUAGACAUACACAUACAUACACACGAGGACGUAUAUACGUACACUGUUUUGUACAUAAGAAAAUAUAUAAACACAUAUUUAAAAGUGCAGUUCAAAAAAAACAAAAAAAUCAUGUUAUGUUUCAAAUAAGUUGCGUGGUUUUUGCGUGGUAUGUCUCAAGCAGUGACAUUUAUAUAAAUAUUUUUGUGUCCAAAUUACUUUGGAUUUUUUUAAAUAAUAACCUAUAAGUUUUGUUUAAUGUUUUUAUAGCUAAUGCCCAUGUGCUCUUAAAAUGAUGAUUAACAACUCUCUUUUAUUAGAAUCUUUUUUUUGGUUUAAUUA